AUGUCUGCAGUAACGAAAGAAUUAUUAGGUCGUUUUCUCCAAAAUCCUAAUAACUUUAUACGCCUCCAGGACUCUUGGGAUGGUCUCAGGAAUAGAGAUUUCUGUGAAGCGUGCAAAAAAGAAAAGCGUAAGUGCCUGUUCUAUCUUAACAAUAUGGCAUACGUAGACUUGAAAUUUUGUGUGACAUGUCAGGGCGUCUGCACUGACUCUACGUACUCGCACAGAAGAGAUAUGGACAGGGCUCUGAUGGAUCAUUGGCUCAAAGCUCGUGACAAUAUCGGGGAAGAUGGCAAAGCCAAUGUGGGACAGGCAACAGGUCAAACUCUAUCCUCAAACGACAAAAACGGAAAUAUGACAUAA